AUGAGUAGUACGUGUUCGCAGUUUUCAAACUCAGAAGCUACAAUUAUGUCAUUAGAUCCGAAGUAUGCGAAUUUGCCAUGGAUUGCACAUGGACAACCUGAUGUUUAUGAGGCUGGAGAACUGCCAGAGGCUGAUCAAUAUGUUCAGGAUACGUUGCAAGACACAGUGACAGCAAAAGAAAUCGAAACCGUCAAUCUGUCGGUAUCCGAGGCUCACAAGAAGUUUGCUAGCUUCAAUGUUGACGCUUCCAACGUCGACUUUUCCGACAGUAUAUCAGGCAGUGGCAAGAUUGGAUAUGCCGUUGAGACAAAUCAAUAUGAUUUUCUUUCUUCCGAGUCUAGAAACCAAGAAUCGCUUUUAAAAAGAUUUCAGCGUUUGCAGACUGAAACUCAUGAGCUAAUUAAGGAUAUUCAAAGCAUAUCUGAUCAGAGUGAAGUAAAUCCCAAGGAACCUUUUCCCGCAUCAAAAAUGUUGUCUUGUGUGGAAACACUUUGCGAAAAGUUAACUGAAAUACAGUCUACUGAUUUAACUACUGUCUCUUUGGAUGGAUCAGAUGCUGUCGGGAAAACAUUGCACAGCAAAAUUUUGAAGCAAAUCGAUGAGUUCAAACCAGAAAAGCCAAUGUCCAGAAAAGUAGAUGAGUCCAGCCACUUAGUUUAUGAAAUAUACGAUGGUAAAAGCAUCAUCCAGCAAACAGAUGCUGAGAAAUUGGCAGAUAUCGAUCGUCGGAUUCAUCAUAUAGAGACUCUCAUUGGCCAACCAGAUCCCAAUAGAGUGUCAGCUUUGACAGCAGAUACAGUGACUCAUGGUCUUUUAGAAGCAUGCUCACGUUUAUCCGCCCGUUCGUCGUUGUUUCAGCAAGGACAUCUUGAUAUGAUUGAAGCUCGUCUAACGUCGCUGCAGACGAAGUUACAGGCUGUGACCGAGAAGAGGGAAGCUAUCGCGGACUAUGAUAUGCAGAAUAAGAUAGCAGAACUGUAUGAACUCGUGAAAAAGUGGAAUGACGUGGCUGACAGUCUGCCAAUGAUAGUGGAACGUCUUAGUAAACUAAAAUCUCUACAUGAGGAAGCUUCUCAAUUCAGCCAGUCUCUUGGUAACAUUGAAUCAAGCCAGAAAAAUGUAGAAGCGAACUUAGCUUCUUACACUAAACUUUUAGCAGAACUAAAAAAUAACGUUUUGAAAACCAUGGAAGGCGUAAAGGAUAAUUUCUAUACAAUAGAAUCACAUUUCUCACAAGAACCCAAAUAA